CACCUGCGUUAACAAUCCCUGGUGUCUCUACCACAGCCGCUGUCACGCUGUGAUCUGCACUGGCUGUGUGAGUCAUAGGAAGGACUCAGGGGACCCAGGGGACCUAGAAAUGGACUCAGUUGCCAUUGAGGAUGUGGCUGUGAACUUCACCCCAGAGGAGUGGGCUUUACUGGAUCCUUCACAGAAGAAACUCUAUAGAGAUGUGAUGUGGGAAACCUUCAGCAACCUUGACUCAAUAGGAAAAACAUGGGAAAGUCAUGAUAUUGAAGAUCAGUACAAAAACCAAGGGAGAAAACACAGAAGUCAUAUGGUAUUGAGACUCUGUGAAAGUGAAGAGGGUAGUCAAUGUGGAGAAAACCUCAGCCUUAUUCCCAAUGUUGCAGCAAAACCAUGUAAAUAUAGUACAUUUGGAGAAGUCUUCAUGCAUCAUUCAUCCCGUAAUAGGCACAUCAGAUGUCACCCUGAACACAAAGCAUAUGACUAUGAAAAAUUUGCAGAGAAGCCAUAUAAAUGUAAGGAAUGUGGGAAAGCCUUCAUUUUUCCCAGUGGUCUUCAAAAACAUGAAAGAACUCAUACUGGAGAGAAACCAUAUAAAUGUAAAAAAUGCAGUAAAGCAUUGACUUCUUCCAGGUCUCUUCAAAUGCAUGAAAGAACUCAUACUGGAGAGAAACCACAUAAAUGUAAAAAAUGCAGUAAAGCAUUCAUUUAUUCCAAGUCUCUUCAAGUACACGAAAGAACUCAUACUGGGGAGAAACCCUAUGAAUGUAAGGAAUGUGGGAAAGCCUUUAUAUGUCCCUCAAGCCUUCGAGCACACAUGGUCUGUCACACUGGAGAUGGACCUUAUAAAUGUAAGGAAUGUGAGAAAGUAUUUGUUUCUCCUAGUGCAUUUCAAAAACAUGAAAGGAGUCACACUGGAGAGAAACUCUAUGAAUGUAAAAAUUGUAGUAAAGCAUUCACUUAUCCCAGAACUCUUCAAAUGCAUGAAAGAUGUCACAAUGGAAAGAAACCCUAUGAAUGUAAGGAAUGUGGGAAAGACUAUGUUACUCGUGCAAACCUUCGAGUGCACAUGAUCACUCACACUGGAGAUGGACCUUAUAAAUGUAAGGAAUGUAAGAGAGCAUUUAUUUCUCCCAGUGCCUUUCGAGUACAUGAAAGGAGUCACACUGGAGAGAAACCCUAUGAAUGUAAAAAAUGCAGUAAAGCAUUCACUUCUUCCAGUUAUAUUCGAGUACAUGAAAGGAUUCAUACAGGAGAGAAACCCUAUGAAUGUAAAAAAUGCAGUAAAUCAUUCACUACUUCCGGUUCUCUUAGAGUACAUGAAAGAAUUCAUACUGGAGAGAAACCCUGUGAAUGUAAGGAAUGUGGGAAAGCCUUUAGAGAUCCCUCAAGCCUUCGAUCACACAUGAUGAUUCACACUGGUGAUAGACCUUACAAAUGUAAGGAAUGUGAGAAAGCAUUCAUGUAUCCCAGAUUACUCCGAAGACAUGAAAGAAGUCAUGCUGGAGUGAAAACAUAUGAAUGUAAAGAAAAUGGGGAAGGUCUUCAGUUGUCAUCAAAUUUUCCAAAUAUAUAA